AUGCUUUCAAAAGAAGCACAAAAUAAUUAUCAACCGAACCUUCCGAAUAUGAUUUCGCCUCCCAGUUAUGAAGAGGCAUUUGAGUGUUAUUUAAAAUCAGCAGAGAAAUUCGUGAUAUCAUCAUCGUUCUCCUCGAAGGUUAUGGCAUACGUUAAAUUAUCGCCGAUUGUAUACCGCUGGGCUAUUCAGAAAUUUGGAGCCACUUCUGAACCUGUGAAACUCCUGUUCUAUGAUAUCCUUAGAGCACGGAUAGCUAUACGACCACCGAAUUUGGAAUCAGAAUCAUCAGAUAACAAUAGUCCAUCCGGUCAAGUGAAAAAAUUAUAUGACGAAUUCAGUAAUGGAAGGGUACCAUAUUCAGAGAUGCAUUUGAGUCUACUAGCAAAGACAGACGAUAACGACUUGCUUCUGGAUUUCUUUGACAAAUAUUUACCAAAAAUUUACAACAAAAGUAAAAAGAGAAAAAAUGCAAAUCUUGAAAAUCUUGAACAGAAGUGGAACGAAAUUUUGUUUUCUUUUCAUGCCGGUGAAAAAACACGUCUUACUGAAACUGAUUUUUAUGGACAUCUAAUUAAAUAUGACAUUGAAAGUUCAGCAAAGUUCUUGGAUAAAAUUCAAACGUUCAAAUUACGAGAGGAUGUACGUUAUUCACAUCAUAGCGAACAAGAGGAGGAUGGAGGGGAUAAACAAACGUCAAAGCGUUCACGUCUCGUUUAA